AUGGGAAGAGGUGGGCUCCAUGAGAAUGGAUGCUUCCUCUUCCUCAUUCUCUAUCUGCUGCUUCAGGAUGCUCAGUUUCAACUGAUGACAUCUUUCCUGUGGCUAAACGUGAUCUGGUACAAUCCAUUCAUCGGGUGGAACCCAGAAGAAUAUGGGGGCAUCAGGAAGAUCAGCAUAGCAGCUGAGAAUCUUUGGCUUCCAGAUAUCUUCAAUGAAGAGUUCAUGGAUGUGGAUCAGACAGCUACAGGUCUCAUGGCUAUGUCAACAGUGAAGGUCUCAUCAAAUAUGAUAAGCCAGUGAAGGUGGUCAGCAUCUGUAACCUGGACAUCUUCUAUUUCCCCUUUGAUGAACAGAACUGCACGCUCACCUUCAGCUCAUUCAUCUACACAGGUGACCUGGGCAUGGAGAAGAAAGCGCAGGAGAUUUUGAACACAUCAAAGAGCCUCAUUCGGAGCAAGGGAGUGGGUACUUUUGGGUAUCCACCAGAGAAUGAUGAAGAUGACUGUGGGCACCAACCAGUAUGACCAAAUCAUUUUCCAGGUGGCCAUCAGGCGUCGGCCCAGACUCUAUGUCAUAAACCUCCUGGUGCCCAGUGGUUUUCUGGUUGCCAUCGACACCCUCAGCUUCUACCUGCCGGCAGAAAGCGGGAAUUGUGCCCCAUUCAAGAUGACCCUUCUGCUGGGCUACAAUGUCUUCCUGCAUAUGAAUGACUUUCUCCCUGCGACUGGCACCCCCCUCAUCAAUACCCUAGUCUUAGAAGAACUUGAUUCUUACUUCCCUAGCCCUCAUCCUCUCAUUAAGAGAAGAGUCCAGAAGAGGAUGAUGGAAGGGGGGUGGCCUGUGGAGGGCGGAGUCCUCCUCUACCUCACUGUCAGCCUUCUGCUUCCAGGAAGAGGAGACACAUUCACCAUCAAUUGCUCAGGCUUUGACCGGAACGGGGUGGAUCCUGCUGCCUUCCAAGCAGUGUUUGACAGAAAGGCCUUCCGUCCAGUCGUCAACUACAGCAUCCCCACUCAUGUCAACAUCUCCUUCACCCUGUCUGCCAUCCUGGAAGUGAAUGCACAGCUCCAGCUUCUGACAUCACUUCUGUGGGUCAAUUUGAUGUGGGACAAUCCUUUCAUCCGUUGGAACCCAGAAGAGUGUGUCAGCCUCAAAAAACUCACUGUCUCGGCUGAAAACCUGUGGCUCCCAGACAUCUUCAUUUUGGAAUCCAUGGAUGUGGAUCAAGCGCCUCCAGGUCUCACCGCCUUCGUUAACAGUGAAGUGAAGUACGACAGGCCAGUGCGCGUGACCAGCAUCUGUAACCUGGACAUCUUCUACUUUCCUUUUGACCAACAGAACUGCACACUCACCUUCAGUUCCUUCCUCUAUACAGUGGACAGCAUGCUACUGGGCAUGGACAAGGAAGUGUGGGAGAUAACAGACACAUCUCGUAACCUCAUCCAGACCCAGGGAAAGUGGGAGCUCCUGGGCAUCAACAAGGCCACCCCAAAGAUGUUGGUGGGCAGCAACCUAUAUGACCAGAUUAUGUUCUAUGUGGCCAUCAGGCGCAGGCCCAUCCUCUACGUCAUAAACCUCCUGGUGCGCAGCGGCUUUCUGGUUGCCAUCGAUGCCCUCAGCUUGUACCUGCCAGCAGAAAGCGAGAAUCGUGCCCCAUUCAAGAUGACCCUUCUGCUGGGCUACAACGUCUUCCUACUCAUGAUGAAUGACUUACUCCCAGCCAGUGGCACCCCCCUCAUCAGUGUCUACUUUGCCCUGUGUCUGUCCCUGAUGGUGGUCAGCCUGCUAGAGACCAUCUUCAUCACCUACCUGCUGAACCUGGCCACCACCCAGCCCCCACCCAUGCCUCAGUGGCUUCAUUCUCUUCUCCUUUGCUGCACCAGCCCAAUGAAAUGCUGCCCCACUGCACCCCAGAAGGGAAAUAAAGGCCUGGGCCUCCCCCCGGCCCACCUGCCUGGUGUGAAGGAGCCCGUGGAGUUGGUGGGAAAGGUGUCAGGUCCCAGACAGGCAGAGUUAAAUGGGAGCCCUGAGUCAACAAGGGCCCAGCAGGAAGAAGAGACUCAGAGGCAGCGCUUGGUCGACCUGUGGGUGAAGUUCAGCCACAUGAUGGACACCCUGCUCUUCUGCCUCUACCUGCUCUUCAUGGCCACCUCCGUGGUCACCGUCAUCAUCCUCUGGAACACCUAG